GAGGGGGCGUGUUCAGGGGCGGGAGGCCGUGCCUGCGCUGCGGGCUCAGAAUCGCGGGCGCCCGCCGGGAGUGUGUCUGCGCCGCGCUCCCGCGACGGGAUCUAGUCUCCCGACUGUCGGUUGGUGGGGUCGGUCUGGGAAACUCCGGGCCAGCCCCUACUCUCCACCUGGAUCCCCCCAGACCCGCACCCCCCCGCAUCCUGAUCGGAGAGCUCAAAGGAGACCAGUCGGGGCCCCAGUGCGCUCCAAGAACGGGCUCUUCCAAGUAGAAAUUGGGAUGGGGGCUUUGAACCAGGUCCCCUGGGAGAAGGCAGGGCUGGACGGGAGGCGGUGGGGAGUGAGGCAGGAGUGGAGCACGGUGACGACUCCAACUGCGGGGUCCCGGGGAGCCCGCCGGCGGGAGGAGAGAGUUCCCUGGAGGUGCUGGGGGAGGGGCGGGUCCCUCUGCCGCCCGGGAACCUCUGCCCUCAGGUGUCCCUGCCCCAGGGCUCUGAUGCCCCUCUUCAAAACGCAGCGGGGGCACAUCUGUAUUUGUUGAUGUUGAGGGUGAGAGGCUCGGCAAGGGAGGGUUCCUCGAAACCCACUGUGAACGGUUCUUCCACCUUCUGCCUGGCCUGCUCAGUAGCCCUCGGGAGGGUCCAGGAAGAAGAACACGGCACUGUGUGCACCUGUGUCUGUCCUUUUAAGACCUGCAGUGCGAGUGUAAAUUGUGAGGUGCCUGGGGAGAGUGUCCAGGCGUGCGUGUGUGAGAGACUGGCAAGAGCAGAGUGUCUGACUCGGGACCCUUCUGAGGGCACCAUCCUUCCCAAGGGACCCACUGCACCUUCUCUUGGCUCAGAACCAACGGUGGGACCAGAAGUAUGGCUGGCGUGGCUGUGGUUCCUGGCAGCCCCCCACCCCACAGGCGAUGGUGCAAGCGGACAGAGACCAUCUGGGUGGAGGAGGAAGUAACCCCCCGUCAGGAGGACCUGGUGCCCUGCACCAGCCUCUCCCAUUACCAGCGCCGGGGCUGGCGGCUGGACCUGACCUGGAGUGGCCACGAGGGGCUCUGCCCCAUCUACAAGCCCCCAGAAACCCGGCCUGCGGCAUGGAACCGGACAGUGAGGGUUUGCUGCCCCGGCUGGGGGGGCCCCCACUGCACCCUGGCCCUUGCAGAAACCAGCCCUGAGGGCCACUGCUUUGCCACAGGGCUGUGCCAGCUGCGGGCAGGCUCAGCGAAUGCCUCUGCAGGAAGCCUGGAGGAGUGCUGUGCCCAGCCCUGGGGACAAAGCUGGCAGGAUGGCCGCUCCCAGGCGUGCCUCAGCUGCUCCAGCCACCAACUCCCAGGCACUGUGCCCUCUCCAGCCCUCCUGCAGCCCCUGGCAGGGGCCGUGGCCCAACUCUGGAGCCAGCGCCAGCGUCCCUCAGCCACCUGCGCCACCUGGUCAGGCUUCCACUAUCGCACCUUUGACAGACGCCACUACCACUUCCUGGGCCGCUGCACCUACCUGUUGGCGGGCGCUGCAGAUUCCACUUGGGCUGUCCACCUCGAGCCCAGGGGGCACUGCCCCCAGCCUGGGCACUGCCAGCUGGCCCGGGUGAUGAUGGGACCAGAGGAGGUGCUGGUCCGGGGCAGAAACGUCUCUGUAAAUGGGCAGCUGUUACCUGAUGGGGAGUCUCAGCUGCUCCCAGGGCUGAGCCUGCAGUGGCAAGGGGACUGGCUGGUGCUGUCAGGGGGACUGGGGGUCGUUGUGCGGCUGGACGGGUCCAGUUCCGUCUCCAUUUCCGUGGACCAUGAGCUCCAGGGACAGACUCAAGGCCUCUGUGGGGUCUACAAUGGCCAGCCUGAGGAUGACUUCUUGGAGCCUGGCAGGAGACUGGCUGGGUUAGCUGCCACCUUUGGGAAUUCCUGGAGGCUCCCAGACUCAGAGCCUGGGUGUCUGGAUGCAGUGGAGGCAGCCCAAGGCUGCGAGGACCCCCUGAGAGGCACAGAGGCGGGCAUGGAGCCUGGCCAGCUUCAGGCUGAAGCCCAGGAUGUGUGCCACCAGCUGCUGGACAGUCCAUUCAGGGACUGCCAUGUCCAGGUGCCCCCUGCUGAGUACCACGAGGCCUGCCUCUUUGCCUACUGUGCUGCGGCCCCCGCGGGCAGCGGGCGGGAGGAGCGGCUGGAGGCCAUCUGUGCCACCUUGGCCAACUAUGCCCAGGACUGCGCGGCGCGGCGCGUCCUCCUGCGCUGGAGGAAGCCCGGCUUCUGCGAGCGCCAGUGCCCGGGGGGCCAGCUGUACUCGGACUGCGCCUCGGCCUGCCCGCCCAGCUGCUCGGCAGUGGACGACGGAGGCGAGGGGUCCUGCGGGGAGGAGUGCGUGAGCGGCUGCGAGUGCCCGCCCGGCCUCUUCUGGGACGGCGCCGUCUGCGUGCCCGCCGCCCGCUGCCCCUGCUACCACCGACGCCGGCGUUACAACCCCGGUGACACCGUGCGCCAGCUGUGCAACCCGUGUGUGUGCCAAGACGGCCGCUGGCUCUGCGCGCAGGCGCCGUGCCCCGCCGAGUGCGCGGUGGGCGGGGACGGGCAUUACCUCACCUUCGAUGGGCGGAGCUUCUUCUUCCGCGGCGGCCCGGGUUGCGGCUCCAGGCUGGUGCAGGACUUUGUGAAGAGGGAGCUGCUGAUUGUUCUGGAGCAUGGGGACUGCGACUCUGGGAACUGCCUCCGUGCCAUCUCUGUCACCCUGGGGGACACCCACGUCCAGCUCAGGGACUCAGGAGCAGUACUGGUCGAUGGGCAGGAUGUGGGCCUGCCCUGGAGUGGUGCUGGGGGCCUCAGCAUCACCCGUGCCUCGUCCACCUUCCUGCUGCUGCGCUGGCCUGGGGCCCACGUCCUCUGGGGCACAUCGGACCCUGCAGCCUACAUCACCCUGGAUCCCCGCCAUGCCCACCAGGUGCAGGGUCUGUGUGGCACCUUCACCUGGAACCAGCAGGAUGACUUCCUGACACCCACUGGAGAUGUGGAGACCAGUGUUGCAGCCUUUGCUAGCAAGUUCCAAGUGGCAGGUGAGGGAAGGUGUCCUUCGGAGGAAGACAGCACCUCACUUUCCCCCUGCAGCACCCAUGCUCAGAGCCGUGUUUUCGCGGAAGCAGCCUGCGCCAUCCUGCAUGGCCCAGCCUUCCAGGAGUGCCAUGGGCUAGUGGACAGGGAGCCAUUCCACCUGCGCUGCUUGGCAGCUGUGUGCAGCUGUGCCCCCGGCAGAGACUGCCUGUGCCCUGUGCUCGCUGCCUAUGCUCGGCGCUGUGCCCAGGAGGGUGCCCUGCCUUCCUGGAGAAACCAGAGCCUCUGCCCUGUCCUGUGUCCUGGUGGCCAGGAGUACCAGGAGUGUGCCCCAGCCUGCGGCCAGAACUGUGGGGAGCCAGAAGACUGUGGGGAGCUGGGCACCUGUGUGGCUGGUUGUAAUUGCCCCCUGGGGCUGCUGUGGGACCCCGAGGGCCAGUGUGUGCCCCCUAGCUUGUGUCCCUGCCAGCUUGGGGACCAUCGCUAUGCCCCUGGCAGUGCCGUCAGGAAGGACUGCAACCACUGUGUCUGCCGGGAGAGGGGACUCUGGAAUUGCACUGCUCACCACUGUGCCCCUGAGCGGGCCUUCUGCCCUGGCGAGCUUGUCUAUGUCCCUGGUGCCUGCCUCCUUACCUGUGACAACCCCCAUGCCAACGGCUCCUGCCCACCAGGCAGCAUGGGGGGCUGUGUCUGUCCCCCGGGCAACGUGCUGCUGGAUGAGCGCUGCGUCCAUCCCGAGCUCUGUCCCUGCCGUCACGGUGGCCAGUGGUACCCUCCCAAUGCCACAAUCCAGGAGGACUGCAACAUGUGUGUGUGCCAGGGCCGUCAGUGGCACUGCACAGGCCAGCGGUGUGAUGGACGGUGCCAGGCAUCAGGUGCCCCCCACUAUGUGACAUUUGAUGGCCUGGCCUUCACCUUCCCUGGGGCCUGCGAGUACCUGCUGCUGCGAGAGGCCGACGGCCAGUUUACAGUCUCUGCCCAGAACCUGCCCUGCGGGGCCAGUGGCCUCACCUGCACCAAGGCGCUGACCGUGCGGCUGCAGAGCGCUGUUGUGCACAUGCUCAGAGGCCAGGCGGUGACAGUGAAUGGGGUGAGUGUGACGCCUCCCAAGGUCUACACUGGCCCUGGGCUGAGCCUGCACCGAGCCGGCCUCUUUCUGCUGCUCACCACCCGCCUGGGCCUCACCCUUCUCUGGGAUGGAGGCACCCGGGUCCUGGUACAGCUGUCCCCCCAGUUCCAUGGCCGGGUGGCUGGGCUGUGUGGAGACUUUGAUGGAGACGCCAGCAAUGACCUUCGGAGCCGCCAGGGAGUCCUGGAGCCCACGGCCGAACUGGCUGCCCACUCAUGGCGCCUCAAUCCUCUCUGCCCUGAGCCAGGGGACCUGCCGUACCCCUGCACUGUGAAUGCCCACCGGGCCGGCUGGGCCCGUGCCCGCUGUGGGGUGUUGCUGCAGCCCCUCUUUGCCCAGUGCCAUGCGGAGGUGCCCCCACAGCGACACUAUGAGUGGUGUGUGUAUGACACCUGCGGCUGUGAUGCAGGCGGCGACUGUGAGUGUCUCUGCUCCGCCAUUGCCACCUAUGCCGACGAGUGUGCCCGGCAUGGGCUCCAUGUGCGCUGGCGCAGCCAGGAACUCUGCCGUGAGUGUGCCCGGCCCUUGGUCCCUGGAAUCCAAUCCCUCCACUCGCUCAGCUCCCUCAAGGACACCUCUCCCGGCCUGAGAGCCAUUCACUCGCUCAAGGGCAGAUACACGUGGAAUGUCCCAUGCGCUAGACACCUUCCUAUGGACCAGACUUGCCCAAAUCCCUGCUCUGUGGAACUUGCUUGUUGCACACAGCCUUGGGAGGGGCCCAGCAAGAGGCCACAUGCACCCCCGUGCCCUCCUCAGGUGUCACCUUCGGUUGGCUCGCCUGCUGCUGUUGCAUCCUGGUGCCCUGGCAGUGACCCAAGCCUCUCCCCUCUCCACCCAGCUCUGCAGUGUGAAGGGGGUCAGGUGUAUGAGGCUUGUGGCCCCACGUGUCCCCCCACCUGUCACGACCGCGGUCUGGAGCCUGGGUGGCACUGCCAAGCUGUGGCCUGUGUGGAGGGCUGUUUCUGCCCAGAGGGGACUCUAUUGCAUGGAGGAGUCUGUCUGGAGCCAGCGUCCUGCCCCUGCGAGUGGGGCGGCAGCUUCUUCCCACCGGGCACUGUGCUGCAGAAGGACUGUGGCAACUGCACGUGCCAGGAAAGUCAAUGGCUUUGUGGGGAGGAUGGUAGCCACUGUGAGGAGCUGGUGCCUGGCUGUGCAGAGGGAGAGGUGCCAUGCCAGGAGAGCGGGCACUGUGUGCCACACAGCUGGCUUUGUGACAACCAGGAUGACUGCGGUGACGGCUCAGACGAGGCGGGCUGUGCCACCCCAGGCUGUGGGGAGGGGCAGAUGUCUUGCAGCUCUGGCCACUGCCUGCCCCUGGCCCUGCUCUGUGAUGGACGGGAUGACUGUGAGGAUGGGAUGGAUGAGCAGGGCUGCCCAUGCCCCCCAGACUCACUGCCCUGUGCUGAUGGGCGCUGCCUGCCCCUGGCCCUGCUCUGCGAUGGGCAUCCGGACUGUCCAGAUGCUGCUGACGAGGAGUCUUGUCUGGGGCAAGUCAGCUGCACCCCUGGGGAGGUGUCCUGCGUCGAUGGCGCCUGCGUGGGGGCCCUCCGGCUGUGUGACGGAAUCUGGGACUGCCCAAACGGAGCCGACGAGGGGCCUGGGCACUGCCCCCUCCCCUCUCUGCCCAUGCCGCCUGCUGGCACCUUGCCUGGCCUUUCCACUGCCUCCCAGGGGACUCCACCAACUCCCCCUGCCAGGGUCAGCCCUGCGCCGCCCUGCGGCCCCUUGGACAUCGCGUGCGGCAGCGGCGAGUGCGCGCCCCGGGGCUGGCGCUGCGACGGCGAGGAGGACUGCGCCGACGGCAGCGACGAGCACGGCUGCGGCUGGCCCUGCGCGCCGCCCCACGCGCCCUGCGCCCGCGGCCCGCUCUGCGUGGCACCUGCGCAGCUGUGCGACGGCGUCCCGCACUGCCCCGACGGCUGGGACGAGAGCCCUGGCGCCUGCGAGGGGCUGCCAGCCCCAGGAGGCCCCAAUGGGACUGGAGUUCCCUGCUCAGAAUACUCCUGCCCGGAUGGCCUCUGCAUCGGUUUCCAGCAGGUGUGCAACGGGCAGCCUGACUGUGAAUUGGCAGGGGAGGUGGGGUCCUCACCGGAAGAGCAGGGCUGUGGAGCCUGGGGCCCCUGGAGCCCAUGGGGGCCAUGCAGCCAGACCUGUGGGCCUGGGGUACAGGCCCGGAGCCGCCGCUGCUCCCCUCCCAGCCUCCCAGUGCUGCAGCACUGCCUGGGUCCCGAGCAUCAGACUCAGGCCUGCUUCACUGCCGCCUGCCCAGUGGAUGCAGAAUGGACUUCCUGGUCCCCCUGGUCCCCGUGCUCUGAGCCAUGCAGGGGCACCAGGACCCGGCAGCGACAGUGCCACCCACCCCAGAACGGGGGCCGGACCUGUGCCAUGCUGCCCGGGGACCCUCACGGCACCCACCAGACUGGGCCCUGCCCUCAGGAUGGCUGCCCCAAUGUCACCUGCUCCAGGGAGCUGGUGUUCCAUCCCUGUGCCCCUUGCCCUUUGACUUGUGAUGACAUCUCUGGUCAGGCCGUGUGCCCCCCUGACCCACCCUGCAGCAGCCCAGGCUGCUGGUGCCCUACAGGGCAGGUGCUGGAUGACAAAGGGCGGUGCGUGUGGCCUGGGCAGUGCCCCUGCCUGGUGGACGGCAUCCACUACCCACCAGGGCAGCGCAUCAAGGCCGACUGCCAGCUCUGCAUCUGCCAAGAUGGGCGGCCCCGGCGCUGCCGGCCCAACCUGGACUGUGCCGUGAACUGUGGCUGGUCACUCUGGUCCCCCUGGGCUGAGUGCCUGGGUCCCUGCGGGAGCCUGAGCAUUCAGUGGUCCUUCCGAAGCCCCAACAACCCCCGCCUCUCUGGCCGAGGCCACCAGUGCCGGGGCAUCCACCGCAAGGCCCGCAGGUGCCAGACGAGGCCCUGUGGGGGCUGUGAGCAGCACGGCCAGGUCCACCGUGUUGGGGAGCGCUGGCGAGGGGGCCCCUGCAAGGUCUGCCAGUGUCUGCACAAUGGCACGGCCCACUGCUCCCCCUACUGCCCGCUGGGCAGCUGCCCCCAGGACUGGGUUCUGGUGGAAGGAGUGGGAGAGUCGUGUUGCCACUGCGCCCCUCCUGGAGUGAACUGGACGGUCCAGCCCAUGGCCACUCCCGGCCCCACUCCAGCCCCCAGCCCCCAGAUCGGACCCUCUCUGAUCACCUAUGUUCUGCCUCCCCCUGGCGACUCCUGCUAUUCUCGCCUGGACCUGACCCGGCUCCCCAAGGGGAGCCUACAGGCUUCACCCCAGCUGCUGGACCAGCCCACAGGGGAGCCUGGCCAGCAGACCUGGAGCCCUGCAGAGGCUGGUGACCUUCUGCGCCACAUGCAGGCCCCCUAUUUGCAGCUGGACCUGCUUCGGCCCCGGAACCUCACUGGCAUCAUGGUGCAGGGGGCGGGAUCCUCAGACUUGCUCCAGUUCAGCAGUGAUGGUCUACACUGGCACAGCUAUCGUGACCUCCUGCCUGCCAUUCAGCCGCCCCUCAAGCUUUUCCCUGGGACCCGGGAUGACGUGGCCCCCACCGUGUGGCUAUUUGGCCGGAUGGUGCAGGCUCGGCACGUCCGUGUGUGGUCCCUCGACGUCACUCGCGGCCCCGAAAGUGAUGUCAACCACAGCAUCCCCCUGCAGGUGGAGCUGCUCGGUUGUGAGCCAGCACCUGCCUGCCCAGGGGCUGGGCACCGCUGUGCCAGUGGCUCGUGUGUCCUGAGAGGGACCCUGUGUGAUGGUGUGGAAGAUUGCGAGGAUGGCUCCGAUGAGGAGGGCUGUGUGCCCCCGCCCACGGGCACUGCCAGAGUCCAGUCCACAGCCCGGACCCCGGCCCUUUACCACACCCAGCCUGGAUGGCUGCACCCCCAGCCCAUGGAGGGUCUGGCAGAGACUGAGCGCUGGCAUCCCAGGCAGGGGUCACCCCCGCCCCCCACAGGAAAGUGGCCAGCAAGUCUUGUGUCCGCGUCUCCCCCAAGUCCUGAGGACUUUGUGCAGACCGCACCUGCCACCCCCACGUCCCGGCCUGAGGUGACAACCCCGAGACCCGAAAUGGCAGCCGUGACGGUGCUUCCCCCACACCCAACGAUGUCUGUGGCCCGUGAUGGACACAGCAUCGCCCCAGCGCCCUUCCCACCCAUGCGGUGCCGCCUGGGCCAGGUGCCCUGCAAGGUGCUGGGCUGCAUGGAGCAAGAGCAGCUGUGUGACGGGAAGGAGGACUGUCUGGAUGGCUCUGACGAGAGGUCCUGCGGGCUCAGUUUAUCAUUCAGCUGGAAUCACGUGUGUGACCCUGUUCCCCCACCUCCGCCUGCAGCAUGGGCAGGGGGCACUGUGCCCUUUACAGUGCCCACCACGGCCCUACCUGGGCUGCCGGCCUCCAGAGCCCUCUGCUCCCCGAGCCAGCUGAGCUGCGGCAGUGGGGAGUGCCUGCCCGCCGAGCGGCGCUGUGACCUGCAGCCCGACUGCCAGGACGGCUCAGAUGAAGACGGCUGUGUGGACUGUGGCCUGGCGCCCUGGUCAGGCUGGAGCAGCUGCAGCCACAGCUGUGGCCUGGGCCUCGCCUUCCAGCGCCGGGAGCUGCAGCGGCCUCCACUGCCUGGCGGCAGCUGCCCGCCAGAUCGGCUCCGCAGCCGGUCCUGCUUUGUGCGGGCCUGCCCAGUGGCUGGGGCGUGGGCUGAGUGGGAGGCCUGGGGGCCCUGCAGCGUCUCUUGCGGGGGUGGCCAUCGGAGUCGCCGGCGGAGCUGUGUGGACCCCCCACCCAAGAAUGGCGGCGCCCCCUGCCCUGGGGCCUCCCAAGAGGGGGCGCCCUGCGGCUUGCAGUCCUGCACAGGUGGCACAGACUGCGGGCUGGGCCGUGUGCAUGUUAGUGAGGAAAUGUGCCAGAAGGGGCUGGUGCCCCCGUGCCCCCCCUCCUGCCUGGACCCGGAGGCCAACAGAAGCUGCAGCGGACACUGUCUGGAGGGAUGCCGCUGCCCGCCUGGGCUCCUCCUCCAGGACACCCGCUGCCUGCCCCUCUCCGAGUGCCCUUGCCUUGUGGGUGAAGAGCUGCAGCAGCCAGGGCAGCCCUUCCUCCUGGACAACUGCAGCCGAUGCAUGUGCCAGAAGGGGGCUCUGCUGUGUGAACCAGGGGGCUGCCCUAUGCCCUGCGGCUGGUCAGCCUGGUCCUCCUGGGGUCCCUGCGACCGCUCCUGUGGCUCUGGCUUGAGGGCCAGGUUCAGGUCCCCCUCCAACCCUCCGGCCGCUUCGGGGGGUGCCCCAUGUGAAGGCGAAAGGCAGGAGCUGCAGGCCUGUCACUUGUCGACGUGUGGGGCAGAGCCGCUGGGCUGGACGCCCUGGACACCCUGGUCCACCUGCUCCCAGAGCUGCCUUGUCCCUGGAGGGGGCCCAGGCUGGCGCAGCCGUUCCCGGCUCUGUCCCAGCCCCAGCAACAUGUCCUGCCCAGGAGAGGCCAUCCAGGAGGAGCCCUGCAGCCCCCUGGUGUGCCCAGUGGCCAGCAUCUGGGGUCUGUGGGCCGCUUGGUCCACCUGCUCGGCCCCUUGUGAUGGAGGCAUCCAGACACGUGGACGCAGCUGCCCUGCCUUGGCUCCUGGGAACCCUGGGUGCCAUGGACCCCACAGCCAGACGAGGGACUGCAAUAUGCAGCCCUGCACAGCCCAGUGCCCAGAGGACAUGGUGUUCCGCUCGGCGGAGCAGUGCCGCCAGGAGGGGGGGCCGUGCCCUCGGCUGUGCCUGGCGCAGGGUCCUGGGGUGGAGUGCUCCGGCCUCUGCAGCCCUGGCUGUACCUGCCCCCCUGGUCUCUUCCUGCACAACGCCAGUUGCCUGCCCCUCAGUCAGUGCCCCUGCCAGCUGCGUGGGCAGCUCUAUGCACCAGGAGCAGUGGCCCGGCUGGACUCCUGCAACAAUUGCACCUGCAUCUCUGCUGAGAUGGUGUGCACCUCGGAGCCCUGCCCAGUGGCCUGUGGCUGGAGCCCCUGGACCCCGUGGAGUCUCUGCAGCCGCAGCUGUGAUGUGGGCAUUCGGCGGCGCUUCCGGGCGGGCACUGCACCCCCAGCUGCCUUUGGGGGGCCUUCAUGCCAGGGUCCCAACGUGGAGGCUGAAUUCUGCAGCCUGCAGCCAUGCCAGGGUCCUGGCGAGGAGUGGGGCCCCUGGUCUCCGUGCUCCGUGCCCUGUGGCGGUGGCUACCGGAAUCGCACCCGAGGGGGCAGCGGGCACAGCCCCGUGGACUUCUCCACCUGCAGCCUGCAGCCCUGUGCAGGACCAGUACCCGGUGUGUGUCCUCCGGGCAAGCGAUGGCUGGACUGUGCCCAGGGCCCUGCCUCCUGUGCAGAGCUCAGCACCCCGAGAGGGACUGACCAGCCCUGCCACGCCGGCUGCUACUGCCUGCCCGGGAUGCUCUUGUUGAACAACGUGUGUGUGCCCACCCAGGACUGCCCCUGCACCCACGGGGGUCGCCUCCACCCCCCGGGCAGUGCUGUGCUUCGUCCAUGUGAGAAUUGCUCCUGUGUCUCUGGGCUUGUCACCAACUGCACGGCCUGGCCCUGUGAGGAGGCUCGGCCCACGUGGUCACCCUGGACCCCAUGGAGCGAGUGUUCUGCCUCCUGUGGCCCUGCCCACCGCCACCGGCACCGCUUCUGCCCCAGGCCCCCCAGCGUGGCACAGCCGCCCCCAUCGGCCUCACCUCCACUUCCUUGCCCUGGCCUUGAGGCAGACGAGGAGCCCUGCCUCCUGCCAGCGUGUGACCGAGCUGGAGCCUGGGGCCCUUGGGGGCCCUGGUCCAGCUGUAGCCGGAGCUGUGGGGGCGGCCUUUGGAGCCGGACCCGAGCCUGUGACCAGCCCCCGCCCCAGGGCCUGGGGGAUUACUGCGAGGGGCCUCGGGCCCAGGGCGCCGCCUGCCAGGUUCUGCCCUGCCCAGGUGCCUGCCAGGGACAGGGGGGUCAAGGAGCAGAGGUGGGACAACUGCAGGGAGCCUUAGGGGGGAGCAGGCCAGGAUGGGUGACCCACUCAGCUCUCAGCCCAUCCUGUCCCCUCCCCACAGUGACCAACUGCAGCGCCAUUGAGGGCGCCGAAUACAGCCCCUGUGGCCCUCCCUGUCCUCGCUCCUGUGACGACCUCGUGCACUGUGUUUGGCACUGCCAGCCCGGCUGUUACUGUCCCCGGGGCCAGGUGCUGAGUGCUGAUGGCGCUGUCUGCGUGCAGCCCAGCCACUGCGGCUGCCUGGACCUGCUGACAGGUGCACGGCACCAUCCGGGCACCCAGCUGGCGAGGCCCGAUGGCUGUAACUACUGCACUUGCUCGGAGGGCAGGCUCACCUGCACAGAUCUGCCAUGCCCAGUGCCCGGCAGCUGGUGCCCAUGGUCGGAGUGGACCAUGUGCACCCAGCCCUGCCGGGGCCAGAUGAGGACACGCUCCAGGGCCUGCACCUGCCCGGCUCCUCAGCAUGGGGGGUCUCCGUGCCCUGGCGAGGCGGGGAAGGCAGGGGUCCAGCAUCAGAGGGAGCCCUGUGCCAGCACCCCUGCGUGCCCAGUGGACGGAGCCUGGAGCCCGUGGGGGCCGUGGUCUCCCUGUGACGUGUGCCUGGGGCAGUCCCAUCGGAGCCGAGCUUGUAACUGGCCUCCCACCCCAGAGGGAGGCCGGCCCUGCCCUGGGAGCUACAGGCAGAGUCGCCUCUGCUGGGACAAUUCUACCCAAUGCACUGACUGUGCCGGUGGCCAGGCUCUUCUUCCCUGUGGGCAGCCCUGCCCCCGCUCCUGCCAGGACCUGUCCUCUGGGGUCAUGUGUCAGCCAGGCCUGACGGGCUGCCAGCCCAGCUGUGGGUGCCCCCCCGGCCAGCUGUUCCAGGAUGGUCAUUGUGUGUCCCCAGCCCAGUGCCGCUGCCAGUACCAGCCCAGAGCCGUGGGGAUCCCUGAGAACCACAGCCGGUCUGCAGGGUCUGGGCUCAGCUCCUGGGAGAGCCUGGAACCUGGGGAGGUGGUGACUGGGCCGUGUGACAACUGCACCUGUGUGGCUGGCAUCCUGCAGUGCCAGGAGGUGCCUGACUGCCCCGGCCCUGGGGUCUGGGGCUCCUGGGGUUCCUGGGAGGACUGCAGUGUUUCGUGUGGGGGAGGGGAGCAGCUGCGCUCCCGCCACUGUGGGCGGCCGCCCUGCCCGGGGCCUGCCCGCCAGAGCCGCUCCUGCCACACCCAGGUCUGCAGAGAGGCAGGCUGCCCGGCCGGGCGUCUGUACCGGGAGUGCCAGGCUGGCGAGGGGUGCCCCUUCUCCUGUGCCCACGUCACUCAGCAGGUGGGCUGCUUCUCCGCUGGCUGCGAGGAGGGCUGUCACUGCCCCGAGGGCACCUUCCUGCACCGCUGGGCCUGUGUCCAGGAGUGCCCCUGCGUGCUGCCUGCCUCGCUGCCGUGGGAGCUGGGAGCUGCCAGUGCAGACCCUGGGGCUCCCCCCCCGAUUCUGGGAGAGGGAGGUGAGCCCCUCGGGCCUGGAGAUGAGCUGGGCUCCGGUCAGACCCUCCGUAUAGGCUGCAGCAACUGCUCCUGCACGCAUGGAAAGCUGUCCUGUUCCAUGGGGGACUGCGACAAAGCUGGUGGUGGCUUUGGUCCCUGGGGCCCCUGGGGCCUGUGCUCUCGCUCCUGUGGCGGGCUGGGCACCCGCACUCGCAGCCGACAGUGUGUGCGUCCUGCACCUGCUCCUGGCGGCCAGAGCUGCCACGGGCCUCGCCAGGACCUGGAGUACUGCCCCAGUCCUGACUGCCCAGGGGCUACAGGGUCCACGGCGGAGCCGAUGACAGACCUUCCAGGCGACUGGGGCCUGUGGUCCCCGUGGUCCCCCUGCUCCAGCACCUGCACUGACCCCGCCCAUCCUGCUUGGCGCAGCCGCAGCCGCCUCUGCCUGGCAAACUGCACUGGGGGAGUCACUUCCCAGUGGCGCCCCUGCAACCUGCCCUUCUGCACAGAGCUGCCCCUGUGCCCUGGCCCUGCCUGCGUGGCCGGGAACUGUUCCUGGACCACUUGGGCCCCAUGGGAGCCGUGCUCCCGCAGCUGUGGAGUGGGCCAGCAGCGUCGCCUGCGGGCGUACCACCCCCCUGGGCCCGGUGGCCGCUGGUGCCCGGACAUCCUCACAGCUUACCAGGAGCGCCGCUUCUGCAACCUGCGUGCUUGCCCAGUGCCUGGAGGCUGGUCACGCUGGAGCCCCUGGUCCUGGUGUGACCGGAGCUGCGGAGGGGGCCAAUCCUUGAGGAGCCGCAGCUGCUCGAGCCCCCCACCCAAGAACGGGGGUGCCCCCUGUGUGGGGGAGAGGCACCAUGCUCGGCUCUGCAAUCCCAUGCCCUGUGGGGAGGGCUGCCCAGCAGGCAUGGAGGUGGUCAGCUGUGCCAACCGCUGCCCGCGCCGCUGCUCAGACCUCCAGGAGGGGAUUGUAUGUCAGGAUGACCAGGCCUGCCAGCGGGGCUGCCGCUGUCUCCAGGGCUCCCUGGAGCAGGACGGCGGCUGCGUGCCCAUUGGGCACUGCGAGUGCACUGAUGCACAGGGCCAGAGCUGGGCUCCUGGGAGCCAGCACCAGGAGGCCUGCAACAACUGCACGUGCCGGGCCGGGAGGCUCUCCUGCACGGCUCAGCCCUGCCCGCCACCCGCCCAUUGUGCCUGGAGCCGCUGGUCAGCCUGGAGUCCCUGCAGCCACUCAUGCGGGCCCUCAGGGCAGCAGAGCCGCUUCCGGUCUUCCACAUCGGGCUCCUGGGCCCCAGAGUGUCGGGAGGAGCAGUCCCAGAGCCAGCCCUGCCCUCAGCCCCCGUGCCCACCCCUGUGCCUGCACGGGGCCCGCCUGCGCCCCCUGGGGGACAGCUGGCGACAGGGCGAGUGCCAGCAGUGCUCCUGCACCCCGGAGGGCAUCGUAUGUGAAGACGUCGAGUGUGCAGGGCCCGGGGCCUGGACGCCAUGGUCCCCCUGGUCUGGCUGCCCUGUCUCCUGUGGAGGCGGAAACCAGGUCCGCACCCGGGUCUGCAUGGCUUUGGCUGCCCACCAAGAGGGACCCCGGUGCCUGGGCCCGGACACCCAGACCCAGCGCUGUGGGCAGCAGCCUUGCUGGGGGCUGCUGGACGCCUGCUCCUGGGGCCCCUGGGGGUCCUGCUCCCGCAGCUGUGGCCCAGGCCUGGCCUCCCGCUCUGGGUCCUGUCCCUGCCCCCCGGCUGAGGCUGCUGCCACCUGCAAUGGUACCUUCCUCCACCUGGACACCCAGGCCUGCUACCCAGGGCCCUGCCUGGAGGAGUGUGUGUGGAGCAGCUGGAGCAGCUGGACGCGAUGCUCAUGCCAGGUGCUGGUCCAGCAGCGCUACCGACACCAGAGGCCAGCACGCAGAGGAGCCGGGGAGGGUCCCCCCUGCACACAGCUGGAUGGCCACUUCCGGCCCUGCCUCAUCGUCAACUGCUCUGAGGACGGCUGCACACCACCCUUCGAGUUCCAGGCCUGCGGCUCCCCCUGUGCCAGCCUCUGUGCCACACACCUGAGCCGUCGGCUCUGCCAGGACCUGCCACCCUGCCAGCCUGGUUGCUACUGCCCCCAGGGACUGCUGGAGCAGGCUGGAGGCUGCAUUACCCCAGAACAGUGUAAUUGCCAGCAUGGCUCAGGAGAAGGAGCUGGAGUGACUCUGGCCCCCGGGGACCGCCUGCAGCUGGGCUGCAAAGAGUGUGAAUGCCGGCGUGGGGAGCUGCAGUGCACCAGCCGGGGCUGUCAAGGUCUUCUGCCUCUGAGCGGCUGGUCUGAGUGGUCACCCUGUGGGCCCUGCCUGCCCCCCAGCCUGCUGGCCGCUGCCUCCAGGACUGCCCUGGAGGAGCACUGGCCCUGGGAUCCAGCUGGCCUCUCCCCAACCCCGGCCUCCAUGCUGGCUUCGGAGCAGCACCGCCACCGCCUCUGUUUGGACCCUGAGACAGGGAGGCCGUGGGCCGGGGACCCAGACCUCUGCACUGUGCCACUCAGCCAGCAACGCCUCUGUCCAGACCCUGGAGCCUGCCAAGACUCAUGCCAGUGGAGUCCUUGGGGGCCCUGGAGCCGCUGCCAGGUGCCCUGCAGUGGGGGGUUCCGGCUGCGCUGGAGAGAGGCCGGGGGCCCCCCCGGAGGAGGCUGCCAGGGCCCAUGGGCGCAGACCGAGAGCUGCAACAUGGGGCCUUGCCCAGGAGAGAGCUGCGAGGCUCGGGACACCAUGCCCACCCCUGACUGUGCCAACCAGUGCCCAAGAAGCUGUGCCGAUCUCUGGGACCGUGUGCAGUGUCUGCAGGGACCGUGCCGCCCAGGCUGCCGCUGUCCCCCUGGCCAGUUGGUGCAGGAUGGGCACUGUGUGCCAGUGACCUCUUGCCGCUGUGGUCUUCCCAGCCACAAUGCUUCCUGGGUGCUGGCCCCGGCUGAGGUGGUACAGCUGGACUGCAAAAACUGCACCUGUGUCAACGGGUCCCUGGUGUGUCACCCCCAUGAAUGUCCAGCCCUUGGGCCUUGGUCCGCCUGGAGCCGCUGCUCUGCUCCCUGCGGUGGGGGCACUGCCAAGCGACAGCGGAGCUGCAAGGAGGGCCCUGGGGGGGCACCGUGCGAGGCCCAGGACACAGAGCAAUGGCAGGAGUGUAACCUGCAGUCCUGCCCCGAGUGCCCUCCCGGCCAGGUGCUCAGUGCCUGUGCUACCUUGUGCCCGCGCCUCUGCUCGCAUCUGCAGCCGGGCACCCUCUGCGUGCAGGAACCCUGCCAGCUUGGCUGCGGCUGCCCAGGAGGGAAGCUGCUGCACAAUGGCACGUGUGUGCCCCCUGCCGCGUGCCCCUGCGCCCAGCUCUCUCUGCCCUGGGGCCACACUUUGACUCUCGAAGAGCAGGCCCAGGAGCUGCCCCCAGGAACUCUGCUCACCCAGAACUGCACCCACUGUGUCUGCCAGGGUGGAGCCUUCAACUGCUCCCGCGGUGACUGUCAUGAGUGCCCCCCUGGAGAAAUGUGGCAGCAGGCGGCCCCUGGGGAACUGGGGCCCUGUGAGCAGACGUGUCGGGAGCUCAACGCCGUGGAGGCUUGGGGCAACUGCAGUGCGGGGCAGGCUGCAGGCUGUGUGUGCCCGCCUGGGCGCUUCCGCAGCCAGCAGGGCCUCUGCGUGCCCGCAGGCCAGUGCGAGUGCUGGCGCCACGGGCGUCCCCACCCGCCCGGAUCCAAGUGGCAGGAGGCCUGUGAGAGCUGCCGCUGCGUUGGUGGGAGGAGUGUCUGCACCCAGCCCUGCCCCAUCCUCUCCUGUGCCCAGGGUGAGGAGGCCGUGCAGGAGCCAGGCAGCUGCUGUCCCACUUGCCGCCAGGAGACUCCAGAGGAGCGGCCUGCCUCCUGCCGGCACCUCACUGAGCUUCGCAACAUCACCAAGGGCCCCUGUUACCUGGACCAGGUGGAAGUGAGCUACUGCAGUGGGCAGUGCCCAUCCAGCACCAACGUCCUGCCAGAGGAGCCGUACCUGCAGAGCCAGUGCGACUGCUGUAGCUACCGCCUGGACCCCGAGAACCCGGUGCGGAUCCUGAACCUGCGCUGCCCCGGCGGCCACACAGAGCUGGCGGUGCUGCCGGUCAUCCACAGCUGCCAGUGCAGCGCGUGCCAGGGAGGUGAUUUCUCAAAGCGCUGACGGCUCCGCUGGGAGAAGCCCCGCCGCCUCUCUUGGGGUCCCUGGGCUCAGCAGCACGAACCCCUCCUCCUCUCAUGCCCACCCAUCCCCUCCCCGUCCUGGCUGUGGUGUAUCCCAAAUAAAGCGACCUUGGCAGCA